GAACUGCAACCUUUUUCUUGCGAAGCGACGCAACGUCGGUACGUCACACACAAGAUAGUUCGGCGAGACGGACGCCGGUGCGGCCGCUCCGCUCCCUUCUUCUUCCACGAUCCCCUGUUCUGUGCCCAGAUCUCCCGAUUUCAAAGCGCACAACAAUCUGAAGAAGAUCCUCCGGAGUUCGUGGCCAAAGCUGUGCCGUUGGGAGAUUGACGCCGCAUUGACCAGACCGCUCCGAUCGCCGCAUGCCAUGAUCAUGGCGUCUCGUGGAGCGCCUCUCGUCCUUGUCUUCUUCCUCGCGUUCGUCUCCCUCUUCGCCAUCCAUGCGUCAGCGGCCGGCGCGGAGUCGCCGUUCCUGCUCGCGGCGGCGCGGACGCACCGGAAGGACCCUCUCGCCGGGCUGAGGUACUACACCGGCGGCUGGAACAUCAGCAGCGACCACUACUGGGCGUCGGUGGGCUUCAGCGCGGCGCCGGUGUUCGCGGCGGCCGGAAUCUGGUUCGCGGUGUUCGGCGCCGCGCUAUUCCUCGCCGGCUGCUGCUACUGCUGCUGCCCGAGCCGCAGAACCUCCUACUCCCGCGCGGGCCUGGUCAUCUCCUUCGCGCUCCUCCUCCUCUUCACCGCCGCCGCCGUCGUGGGGUGCGCCGUCCUGUACGACGGGCAGGGCCGGUUCCACGGCAGCACGUCGGCGACGGUGGACUACGUGGUGAAGCAGUCCGGCGACACGGUCGACAACCUGCGCACCUUCACGGGGUAUUUGGUGGCGGCGAAGGCGGCCGGCGUGGGGCCCGUCUCGCUGCCCGACGACCUCAAGGGGAGGAUCGACGACGUGGUGCGCAAGGUGGGCUCUGCCUCCGACGUGCUCGCCGCCCGCACCGCCAGCAACUCCGCCAAGAUCCGAGACGCCCUGGACACAAUAAGGAAGAUUCUGAUUGUUCUUGCAGCCGGGAUGCUGAUCCUUGCCUUUGCCGGUCUUGUGUUGUCGGCGUGUGGAUUGGAGUCGCUGGUCUACGUGUUGGUGUUUCUUGCGUGGAUUAUGGUGGCGGCAACGUUCGUGCUGUGCGGUACUUUCCUCCUCCUGCACAACGUGGUUGGGGACACGUGCGAGGCGAUGGGAGAGUGGGUGCGGCACCCGCAGGAGCACACGGCGCUGGACGACAUCCUGCCGUGCGUUGACACGGCCGCGGCGACGGAGGCGCUGAGCCGGGGCAAGGAGGUGAACUACCGUCUCGUCGUCGUGCUGAACGGCGUCAUCUCCAACAUCUCCAACGCCGACUUCCCGAUGGGGGCGCCGCUCUCGCCGCCGCUCAACUACAACCAGUCCGGCCCGCCUGUCCCGCUGCUCUGCAACCCGUACACGCCGGACCUGCGCGACCGCGCAUGCGCCCCCGGCGAGGUCAUCGGCCCGGACGCCGCGCGGCAGGCUUGGGGGACACACGUGUGCAAGACCGAGGGAUCGGGGCAGGUGUGCGCCACCACGGGGCGCGUGACGCCGUCGAUGCUCGGGCAGAUGGUCGGCGCCGCCAACGUGAGCUACGGGCUGUCCCGGUACGGCCCGGUUCUGACCGACCUGGCCGACUGCACCUUCGUGCGCCGCGCCUUCCAGGCCGUCGGCAAGGAUCACUGCCCUGGCCUCGGAAUGUACAGCGAGCAGGUGUACCGGGGCCUCCUCGCCGUCGCGGUUGCGGUAUUGCUGUCCGUGCUGCUGUGGGUCCUGCACUCGAGGGAGAGGCGGAAGAGGAGCGACGCCAGGGAGAUGGAGCUCGUCGCCCCGGCACCGCCCAUGUACAGGCACGGAUACCCCGUGGAGGAGAAGGCGCUCCUCUACAGCCCGAGGAGGCCAUCCAUGUGAGCGUCUCAGUUUAGUCAGAUGUCACGUUAGUAUUCAAUCGACACAGGCUCCCCUUCCAGGGUAUGCUUGUAGUUGUAGCCUGCUGUUGAUAUGGUAGCAAAGUGCUAAUUCAAACUCGACAUGCUUGCUCAUUUAAGCUUAUAUCUAAACCCAGUAUACCCAUAUAUGGGUAUACACGAGGCAGUCUGGUCGUCAGUCCAAAACAGCUCGGUGCACGAAGAAACACCUGUUAUCCGGCCAAGAGGACGCCAAAUAGUCUGGCGCGUGUCCAAUGACAGUGUCAAUGUCAAAAAGGAAGACACACAGUCCGGCUAGCAUCAUGACAGGUAAUCUGGCUAGUCUCGAGACACACCGCGCCGCCGUCUUGCCUGCAUGCUGUCAUCAUCUCUACCGACACGCACCUACAAAGCCUUGCCAAGGCUCGUGUUGGCCUGCACCGCCUCUCCCGUCAUAAUCUUUUUUUAAC